CUUUUUGUUGGCAUGUCGCAGUCCCAUGUUCUACGAAGCAAUCGAGUAUGAGAGUAAGAAAGUUCCCCUUCGAGGACCUCACAUGAUGAGUGGACAAGGAGGCACAACAGUACUGGACACAAGUACAACAAAUGGGCUAAAAUGCACUUGGUCCGGAGAAAUUGUGAAUAACAAUAGUCAAAUUUGCUUUACAUGGAAGUUCGAGUACGAUGAGGCUGGAAAUGAGGAUAUUGACAAGAUCGCUGGCGCGAUUGACGUGAAGUUUGGCCAAAAUCAGAGCCAAAAUUUUACAACAGUCCGAACUCUUGUCAGCCUGACAGAGCCAUGUCAAACACUGACAAAAGUUGUUGAGAACCCGAAUCGACAAGGUGCCGUUGAAGUUAUGUAUGAGUACGCGCUUGUUCCAUGGAUAACCCCGCUGCAAUUCUCCUUUGACGAGAUGUUUCUUCCAUCCGAGAAAAACGACGCUUUUUUAGUGAUCGGAGAACGCAAGCUGCAUGUUAAUAAGGCGUUUCUUUCCUACCACUCGGACUACUUUCAAGCGUUGUUCUCCUCCAAUUUCAAGGAAGAUAAACAGGAUGAAAUUGAGCUUAAGGAUGUGGUCUACGAGGAUUUUGGGCUCUUGAUGAGCACCAUAUAUCCAAAGACCGUGUUUCCGUGCGACCGAACUGUGGAGAAAAUCCUAGCCAUGGCAGAUCGUUUCAUUGUACAAUCCGCCAUUGAUCAUGUCGAGUACCAUUUGCUUCACAAUUCACGUAUCACGAAUGAGAGUAUGAUGUGGAUGGCUGACAAGUAUGGAAUGGAGAAGCUAUUGAAAAAGUCUAUUCUAAAAAUGGAUUCUCUGGAGAAAGCGAAAAAACUGAGGGAUUCUCCAGUGUUUGCGAGUAUGUCUCAUGAUGCAAAGGUUAUGGUUUUGGAACGACUGAUGGACUUGAUUUGAAUUUUUUUAUGAAUGAAAUAUUUCUAUAUCGUUAUUUCCCGUCUUUACGAAAACGUGCUCUACAAAUGUUUUAUUUAAUUUUCAAAUAUGUGGAACUUUUUUCUAUUUUACCCGUGUAUGAUAUUUUUUGUAAAUUGCGCCUCGCUGCAGGCCGAAACUAUAGGAUUUAUUUCACUAAUCUGCUCGUUUCAAACAGAAAUUGAAUGAACACAAUGAACAGUUGGAAUCCUUUUUUUUUAUACGUGCGCGUUCUAUCCGUACAAAUAUAAGUUGCAUGAAUUCUAUUGCUAACUCUUAUUUUCAUCAUAACGUCAGUUUUCUGCAGAACGUUGAUUGUGAAAAAUAAACUAUUC